AUGUCCGCCAGCGAGUCUGCUGCCACGCCCCUUUCGGGCUACGUCGGUUUCGACACUCUUACGAAGCAAAUCGAGACGAAGCUCCUUCGUCGUGGUUUCCAGUUCAAUGUCAUGGUUGUGGGCCAGUCGGGCCUCGGCAAGAGCUCGAUGAUCAACACGCUCUUUUCGUCGAACCUGCUUACGACCAAGGGCCGUGUGGACCCCUCGGACGAGGUGCGCCAGACGACGAGCAUCAAUGCCACCUCUCACAACAUUAUCGAGAACGGCGUCAAGCUGAAGCUCAACAUUGUCGACACCCCCGGCUACGGUGAUCUGAUCAACAACGAGCACUGCUGGGAGCCCAUCGUGAAGUACAUCAAGGACCAGUACAGCAUCUACCUGCGCAAGGAGCUGACUGCCGUGCGUGAGCGCAACAUCCCCGACUCGCGCGUGCACGCUGUGCUGUUCUUUAUCAACCCUUCCGGCCACUCGCUGCGCUCGAUCGACAUCCAGGUGCUGAAGAAGCUCGGCGACAUUGCGAACGUCAUCCCCGUCAUUGCCAAGUCGGACUCGCUGACGCUCGGCGAGCGCGAGCUCUUCAAGAAGCGCAUCCGCGCCUCGCUGCAGUCGAACGGUAUCCGUGUGUACCCCUUUGACCACGAGGACUACGAGGAGGAGGAGCGCGAGGCGAACAGCCUGGUGCAGAGCCUCCUCCCCUUUGCGGUGGUGAGCGCGGAAAAGACGUUUGAGGCCGACGGCCAGCUUAUCCGUGGCCGCCAGGUCGGCAGCGGUCUGAUCAAUGUCGAAAACAAGGCACACUGCGAGUUUGUGCAGCUGCGCGACUUUUUGCUGCGCACGAACCUGCACGACCUGAUCGAGACGACGUCGAACACGUACUACGAGUCCUUCCGCUCGAAGCAGCUCCUGGCGCUCAAGGAGAGCAGCGCCAAGCAGCAGGCACAGCACGCACAGCAGCAGUACACAAGUGCGCAACCGCCUGUGCAGGGUGGCGCGCCGCAGGGUGCGCCUGUCGCUGCGCCGGGUGCGUAA